UUAUAUUUCCAAGAGGAAAGAUGAGCGGCUCAAGACAACGAUCGAACAACGAGCUGGUGAAGUGGGUGAGGGAAAAAAGCGAUAACAACGCAGGUGAAGAAGGACACUCGGUGGAUAGAAAACAAGAGAUUGUGGGGCCACAAUGUAAAAAGUUGUCACGUAAUGACAUUUUCUGUUUCGUUCAAGGGACUCGGAGUGUUCAUUAUGGUCUGUACAACCAGGGCGCCACGUGUUACCUCAACAGUGUCCUGCAGGUUCUCUCCAUGACAACAGAGAUCCACGACAGGCUGGAGUCAGGAUCAAAGACCACGGAUGACGAGCUGAAAACCCUCUUCAAAUAUCUAAAGGAAGCCACGGGUAGAACAGAAGACAUCACAGAGAGUUUGGAGGUGGAGAACGGUGAGAAAGCAUUGAGGGAAGUCACACGGCAGCUGGAGAUGCUUUGGUGUUCACUGGAUUCAAACGUAAAUGUCCAUUUCAAAGUUCACCUACAAGGUGACGCGGCGGACUGCCUGGUGAGGAUUUUACGCAAGAUCAGCCCACGGGCCUCUGAGGUUUUCAAAGGAGAGCGGACGGAUGCGAUAAAAUGCUGCAAAGGUCACACCAUCAACGAGGACAUCGACCCAUUCUGGUACCUCUCACUGUCACUGGAGGACACCAGCGACCCGUCCACAGCACACAGCGUGGAAAAAGGCUUCGAGAGGAUCUUCAGGUCUCGAGUGCUGGACGGAGACGCGGUCUACUGCAACGUCUGUGGCGAGGAAACCAAGGCGACCUGCGAGAGCGAGAUGGUGUCAUACCCUCAGAUCCUGAGUCUUCUCAUCAAGAGAUUCAUCUUGGACAACAACACAAAGUCCCAUUUCAAGUCGAACCGCUGCGUGGACGUCCCGCGGAAGCUACAGAGGAACCACAUGAAGUACGAGGUGUACGCGGUGGUGAAUCACACGGGCAGCGUGAGCGGUGGACACUACACGGCCAGCGUCCUGAGCCACGAGGACGGCGCCUGGUACGAGUUUGACGACGCCAACGUCUACAAGAUUGAAGAGCAACCGUUUGCAGAAAGCGAGACUUUCAGGUACGCUGGAUUAUUUCCGUUUCAUCACAUGGGACAAAGCUGCAGUCCUGAGAUACAUUCUGUCGCCUUGAAAUGUUUACAGUACCUUUCCAACUUGUUUUCUUUGUAUUCGUCUGUGCAAACCCAUCAUUCUAAAUGGUUGUUCCGCAGUUCUAGCACAGCCUAUCUGCUCAUGUACAGAGAAGCGGCCAAACACGACCAGGUAGUUUCAAACCGCGACGAGGACGCAAUCCAAAUUGUUUACCCAGGCCAAACCCAAGAAACGAUGCACCAAAGGGGAGGACAGGGCGGUGAGGAGAUGCACCCUUUUUUAUUCCAACGCAUUGUAAUUAACACGCUGGUUAAUUCAUUUCCUUCUUACGUCCCCACCAGACAAGUGUCCAACGUGCAAGAGGACUACUCUUUGGAUUUCCCUCAUCGUUGUCAUUUGUGUGUUGGUCCUGAUUCUCGUUGUUGUAUUACCAAUAGUGUUAAUAAAGUAGGGAGGAUUCAUGUCAGCGCUGAACAGGAAUGUUACUGAUGAAGGUGUCAC